UUCCACGCUAUACCAGCUCCGCAGCCUGAGCCCAGGCUCCAGUGCUCGCUUCCGCUCCGGGUCGUUGCGCCCACCCGACGCGCCCAGGAGGACUUCGCAACCCUGCUUUGGAUCGUCCCCCCAGGCUUAACCCCGACGCUUCGCUUGAAUUCCUCGGCCUCCUUCGCUCGGGUGGCGACUUCCUCUCCGCGCCCCCUCCCCCUCGCCAUGAAGAAGCCCAUUGGAAUAUUAAGCCCGGGAGUGGCUUUGGGGAUCGCUGGAGGUGCCAUGUCUUCCAAGUUCUUCCUAAUGGCUUUGGCCACAUUUUUCUCCUUCGCCCAGGUUGUAAUAGAAGCUAAUUCUUGGUGGUCGCUAGGUAUGAAUAACCCUGUUCAGAUGUCAGAAGUAUAUAUCAUAGGUGCACAGCCUCUCUGCAGCCAACUGGCAGGACUUUCUCAAGGACAGAAGAAACUCUGCCACUUGUAUCAGGACCACAUGCAGUACAUUGGAGAAGGCGCGAAGACAGGCAUCAAGGAAUGCCAGUACCAAUUUCGGCAUCGGAGAUGGAACUGCAGCACAGUGGACAAUACUUCUGUCUUUGGCAGGGUGAUGCAAAUAGGCAGCCGAGAGACGGCCUUCACAUACGCGGUGAGCGCUGCUGGGGUGGUGAAUGCCAUGAGCAGAGCAUGCCGGGAGGGUGAGCUGUCUACCUGUGGGUGCAGCCGUGCUGCACGCCCCAAGGACCUGCCUCGGGACUGGCUGUGGGGUGGCUGUGGGGACAACAUCGACUAUGGCUACCGCUUCGCCAAGGAAUUUGUGGACGCACGAGAAAGGGAACGAAUCCAUGCCAAGGGCUCCUAUGAGAGCGCACGCAUCCUCAUGAACUUGCACAACAAUGAAGCAGGCCGCAGGACAGUAUACAACCUGGCAGAUGUAGCCUGUAAGUGCCAUGGAGUGUCUGGCUCGUGUAGCCUCAAGACAUGCUGGCUGCAGUUGGCGGACUUCCGAAAGGUGGGCGAUGCUCUCAAGGAGAAGUAUGACAGUGCAGCGGCCAUGAGGCUGAACAGCCGGGGCAAGCUGGUACAGGUCAACAGCCGCUUUAAUUCCCCGACCACACAGGACCUGGUCUACAUCGACCCAAGUCCGGACUACUGUGUGCGCAAUGAGAGCACUGGCUCGCUGGGCACGCAGGGACGCCUGUGCAACAAGACCUCAGAGGGGAUGGACGGCUGCGAGCUCAUGUGUUGUGGGCGUGGCUAUGACCAGUUUAAGACGGUGCAGACUGAACGCUGUCACUGCAAGUUUCACUGGUGCUGCUAUGUCAAAUGCAAGAAAUGCACAGAGAUUGUGGAUCAGUUCGUGUGCAAAUAGUGGUGUGCCUGCCCAUCACCCAGCCCCACUCCCAGGACCCACUUAUUUAUAGAAAGUACAGUGCUUCUGGUUCUUCUUAUUUCUCCCCCAAGAAUUGCAGCUGGAACCAUGUGUUGUUUUUUUUUUUCUUGUUACCAUCUAAAAACUCUGUGGUUUACUAUUAAUAUUAUAAUUAAUAUUUGGCAACAGUGGGGGAAACUAAGAAAAAUAUUUAUUUUGAGGAUCUUUGCAAAGUUAGUACAAAACUUCUUUCUUAUGGUACAGGAUAAAGGGGAAAUAACACGUAUUCUAACUUAGGUGUGCAGUUGGGGUUCACAUCUAGAAGGCAUAGGAACUAUUUUCUUCUCAAACAGAGAGUCCUAUGAGAUGGGUGGUAUCCAGGUGAAAGAGGUGGUACAGACCCAUGAGUGACCCAGUCCUGUGACCAAAAUGAAUUGCAGGUGCUCUGGUACAAGACAAAAGAUCUUAAAUAUAGAUAUAUUAAAUAUACAUAUAUACCAAAAAUGCAGAAUAUGAGGUACUCCCUACUCCAGAGGUUACUGGCCUGGUUUUCUUCGUAUUUCUAGAAUGGUCUUUUAGAAGGUAUGAACAAGAAUCUCUCAUAUCUUCGUAAGCAGGCAUGUCACGUAUGUUGCUACAUCUCAUCUGCAGAUACUCUGUUUAUGGAUGUGCCUUUUUCUAACAGUUCAUGAAACUUGGGGAGCUGGUGGGCUGGAGGAGGGAAGUCCACAGAAAUUAGAAAACUUGAAAUUUCCUACAUCGAGGACAUAAUCUUAUGGUGUUAGCCCAGGUGAUUCUGAAUACUAAACGUCAUGUCCAUGAAGGGAUUUUGACUAAAAAAAAAAAAGUCUUGUUUUGAAAGCCAUCUUAUUUUCUUAAAAAUGAAAAAUUACCCAUGAAUCCCAUUUUCAAAUCCCCCUACACAGGCAACAAGAAAAUCCCAUGUAGUUGAGCACUGCAGAAGGGCAGAACACCUCUGUGAGGAGAUAAUGGCAGCACCUUCCUCCAUGACUCCAAGCCCUCUCUGGACUCUGCUGGCCAUGCUUCCAAAUGGCAGCUCUGGUGGAUGCUCAUGGCGGUAGGGCAGGAGAUGCAGAUGAGAGCGAUGCUCCAAACCAGCUACUUAGCAGGGAUUGUUCUCUAAGGCUUUUCUUUGGAGGUGCGGUAACUUGAUGUGUCUUGCUGAUGUCACUCGGCCCAAGGAGUCUACAGAGGUGUUGCGGCUGUUCGGUUGUUAUAUUCCUGUGUUUAGACUUUCUAUUAGUGCUUUCCCUAUUAUCCUGCAGGUGUACCCUAAAACUGUUCCCAGUGUACUUGAACAGUUGCAUUUAUAAGGGGGGGGUGUGGUUUAAUGGUGCCUGAUAUCUCAGUUUUUUUGUAUAUAACAUAUAUAUAUAAAUAUACAUAUAUAAAUAUAGAGAUAAUUAUAUCUCAGUGCAGUCUGGGAUUUAGAUUUACAGUUUGCUCUGGGCUUGCUCUCUGCCUGGAGUAUUGUUCUUCAUUGCAGUCCAAUUGUGAUUUCUUUUUUCCAAAAUUUUUUGAAUCUGGACAUUGGCCUGUGACUCCACAGGAUCCUACCAUGAACACCAGGAAGCAAGCAAAGACUCUGAAGAAGCGCUCAGGGUUCAUGUUUUGAAUGCAUGUUGGUUAGAAAGUGGCCUUUCUGCUUUCUGCCUACGGCCAGUUCUCCACCCUCUCAUUGGUGUUCUUUGUGGGGAGGGCAUUGUGGUUUGUCACAGUCUUGGACUUUGAGAGGCUCCCAGAACCCAGGGGCACCAGACUCCUCUCUAUUUGCUUAAUUCCUUUCCCAGGGAGGACUUGUGACUAUCCUGUCUGACAGGAAAGAUCUGAGUUCCCAAAGCAAACCAGCUCACCACAUAGCUAGCUACCUUAAACAAUGUUUUAAAAUAAGGGCACCUCUGUUUCAAAAGUGACAUCUGCUGUGUUGUUUUCGAGGCCUGAUACUCUUUUUCAAGGUUUGAAAAGAUGUAUGUAUCCAUUCAUUGGCUUGGUAGCCUUCUGGUCACCUCAGUCCUGUGGCUCUUAACUUAUUGCCCAACAAGAUUCAUUUCCCCUCAGCUAUGGUAAUUUGCAAGCAAAAGAUCUUGAAAUGAAAAAAAAAAGCACUAAUUUAGUUUAAAAUGUCACUUUUUGGUUUUUAUUCUACAAAAACCAUGAAGUUCUCUCCCUCCCUCCUUCCCUCCCU